CGCAUCGGCAUUUCCUGGCAGAGAACGCGUCUUGCAUCCACAGUUCCACAAAAAUCCCCUCUCUCAUGCAAACACUUACAAUCCCUAGAUCGUGAGAAUGUCAAGCUCGUCCAUCUCAAGAUCGACGGGCGGGUCAUCUCGCAGGCAGAGCCACACCCCGGUGCCGUACCGACAGACUCCUCUAGCAUACGAGCCGGCGAAGUUUUGCUUGUGCGCUCCGAGGGCAAAAGCGCCGAUGUGGAUCUCGUGGAGUGAUUCCAACCCAGGGAGGAGAUACCUUGCCUGUCCAAGGGGGAGGUCUUUUGGUUGUGGUUUCUUUCAGUGGGUGGACGAUGAGAUGAGCCCGUUUUUGACUCAACUGUUGCUGGAUCUGAGGAAUGCUGUGUGGGCUCUAGAGGCGCAUAACCGAAUCCUUGACCGCAACGUGCAUGGUUGGCGCAGCCCAAAUGUCGAGCAUAUCCAAGCCACUGCAGCCACCUGGGUUGAGCGUGAGGAAGUGCUUGAGGAUGAAGUGUCCAAAGAUGACGCCAUGCGCCUCUCGAGUGCUGCUGUUUGCACUGGUGGCUACCCUAGUGAUCGGUGCCAGCAUCUUUACCAAACUGGGAGGGAGGGGGGGGGGGGGUUCUGAUGGAUUUUCUGAGGCAAAAUAAGUUCAUGAGCUGCAUAAGCUGUUUAUGAAUUAAGUGUGUUGUGUUGUGUUUGCUUAGUUGAUGCCUGCUGUGUGGUAAUGUUUGUGAUAUAAGUAGUUUCUGCACUAGAUAAGUUUUAACAGCAUAAUGUAAGCAUGCAAGUUGUCGGUCCAAAAAUGUAACCGUGUAACAAUCUGAUCUAAUGUAAGGUAUGAUGUUAUGAAUA